GAUGGGAUGCUUGCUAGAAGUUGCUGCAGAUUGGUAAAAAACUUCGUCGCAGAUAGAUCGCUUUGAAGGAAAUUAAAAUUCGAAAAGUGUUUAUUUUAUCGUCGAAAUUUUAAAUUUUGUUUGGGUUGGUCGGGAAAAUGACAUUUUCUACUACAUAUUCAGUAAUGGUGUUGGGUAGCCUCCUAUUGCUGAUCGUCUUUGACUUAACUAUCUCACAGAAUCAACAGCGUAACAUAAAUACCUGUGAAGGACGCAAUACUACCGGAAAUAUUUGUGAGUCGUGUGAACAGUUGUCCACAUGCAUGCGUAAUCCCAGCGGUUGGACGAAGAUUCCCGUUAACUCAUGUGACACUAGCAGAGGCAUAUACUGCAAUUCACUGCUCGGUAUGUGCAGCAACGCAUUGGGACCAUGUCAUCCUUUCGCAAUUGAUGGUGAUUUCCCUUGCAAUUCACAAGGCAUUUUCCCAGAUCCGUACAAUUGCCAAAAAUAUCACCUGUGCUACAUUAAGGAUGACACACUUCAGUCGGAGCCAGUGGAGUGUUACGGAGAUACGGCAUUCAAUGUAGCGACUGGUCAAUGUACUUCAAACUUGCAGGAUAAUGCCUGCAAGACUCAGCAAUUCCAAUGCGCCAAUGCUGGUGAGAUCCAUCCGUGGCCAAAUAGUCCGAAAUUUUACUACAUUUGUAACGCACUUUCAAAUAAGGAUGGGAGUAUACUCUAUCCAUCGCUUUAUCUUUGUCCUGAUGAUGAAGUUUUUAAUGAUGAUACCAAACAAUGCCAAAAGGGCUCCACUACGCCGCCACCUUUCGACAACAAAUGUUCGAUGGCUGGUUUAUCAGCCGAUCCAGACGAUUGUACCAGCUACUACUACUGUUGGGGGGUGAAUGGUGUGAAGCGUCACUACAAAUGUCCAUCGGGUAGUCAUUUCAGUACUGGGUAUUUAACUUGUGUUUACGGUACAUGCAGAAAGUGAAAAAAAUUGUAAAGUUUCAAUAAUAAAUAAAAUAAUGGGAUU